GUGCAACCGCCUGUCAUUUGGAUAUCGUUUGAUAAUCAGAAACAACUGCUUGUACUAUAUGGAGAUAAGACAUUACUUUGCUGAACACCUGGAUGAAGAAAUGGGCAAAAUCUGGUGUUGAUUUUGCCUGUCGCCGAUUCUCUUGGCGGUACAAAUUCAUAUUUUCUAUUAAUUUGGUUUUUGUGGGAACGUCGGCGCUUGCGAAGGCGCUUUUACCGGCAAACUGGCCGUCAGCGCUAUUGCAGCAAUGAACCCUCAUUAUCACCCCUAUGGAGCCGGGCCGGAGCUCACGUCUCCGCAUCCUCCAUCACCAGACAAUUAUCCUUCAUCGCAUGGACCACAUCCACACAUGUUGUCCAGCAAUGGACACGGAAUCGGACUCCUCGGUCAUCCUGGUCGGCCCCACAGUCAACUUCUACACCAACACCAUCAACACCACGCGUUUAACAACGGCGGCGGACCACCAUCAUCAGGUCAACAUCAUCAGCAUAUUAACAAUAACAAUAAUAACGGCUCUGUUAAAAUUUGUUCGGGUUGUGGUGAAAAAAUUAUUGAACGAUAUUUUCUGCACGCGUUAGACGGUUAUUGGCAUAAUAGUUGCCUGAAGUGUUCUGUUUGCCACGCAAUGCUCGCGGACAUGGGUUCGUCCUGUUUCACCAGGGACAACAUGAUAUUAUGCAAGGACGACUAUGGCAGGAUGUUUGGCUCAGGUGCGUGCUCUGCUUGCGGUCAAAAAAUCCCUGCUAGUGAACAUGUGAUGCGCAGUGGCGUGCCCCCGUCACCUGGUCAAGGUGGUCAAAGAGGUGGUCAACAAGGAGGCGGUAUACCAACGCACCAUGUGUUUCAUCUAAAGUGUUUCGCGUGUAGCAAGUGCGGUGUACAACUGAUGCCAGGUGAUCGGUAUUACAUGUUAGCCGGUAGCCUUGUUUGCGAACAGGACUGGCAUAAGCUCCUCAAAAAUUCCGCGGCAGCGCCGACGGUACGUAAAGGGAAAGUUGGACGACCGAGAAGAAGUCGCGACUGAAUAAGAACUACAAACGAUAACGACG